GGAUUCCUGCCCCGGAAUCCCUGCGCUGUCAUUCCCUUUCACCCUGCGUCAUUCCCGUGCUUUCCAUAUCAUUCCCAUUCUCUCUGUGCAAUCCCCAUUCUCUCCAUAUCAUUCCCAUUCUCCUCAUGCCAUUCCUAUUCUCUCUCUGUCAUUCCCAUUCUACAUCGUUCCUGUUCUCUCCGUGUCAUUCCCGUUCUGUCCGUGUUGUUCCUGUUCGCUCCGUGUCAUUCCUGCUCCUCCCGCGUCAUUCCCGCAGUCGGGAUCCUCCUGAUCGUGAAGAACUACACCGGGGACCGGCUGAAUUUCGGGCUGGCCCUGGAGCGGGCGCGCUCCGAAGGGGCCGACGUGCGGAUGGUGGUGGUGGGAGAUGACUGUGCCUUCGCCGCGCCCGGAAAAGCCGGGAGACGCGGGAUCUGCGGCACCGUCCUCAUCCAUAAGGUGGCAGGAGCACUGGCGGAGGCAGGAGCGGGUUUGGAUGAGAUCGUGGAGAAGGUGACGGUGGCUUCCAAAGCCAUGGGUACCCUGGGUCUCAGCCUGUCUCCCUGCAGCAUCCCGGGAUCCAAGCCCUCAUUCCAGCUGGCUGAGGAUGAGAUGGAGCUGGGGCUGGGGAUCCACGGAGAGGCCGGAGUGCGCAGGAUGAAGGUGCUGUCAGCGGAUGAGGCCGUGGAGACGAUGCUGAAGCACAUGACGGAUCCAUCCAAUGCUUCCCACAUAUCCCUGACCCCUGGGUGCUCUGUGGUGCUCAUGGUGAACAACCUGGGUGGAUUAUCCUGCCUGGAGCUGGGAAUCGUGGCCGGAGCCACCGUGCGCAGACUGGAGAACCGAGGGAUCCGCAUUGCCCGGGCCUUGGUGGGAUGCUUCAUGACGGCGCUGGAAAUGGCCGGAGUCUCCCUCACCCUCCUGGUGGUGGAUGAGGAGCUGCUGCGGCUGAUCGAUGCCAAGACCACGGCCAUGGCUUGGCCCAACGUUCCCGCGGGACCGGCGACCGCCCGGAGAGAGGAGAUUCCAGCGCCAAUGGAUGUCCCGGGGCAGCCGUUGGAUGAGACCAGCACAGGGCCCGGAGCGGUGCCGGUGCAGCGGGUCCUGGAGCGGGUGUGCAGCACUUUGCUGGAUAUCCAGGAUAAGCUCAACCAGCUGGAUCGGAAAGCAGGAGAUGGGGAUUGUGGCCACACACACGCCCGGGCAGCCCAUGCCAUCCGGGAAUGGAUGCGCUCCCGGCCGCCUCCGGCCGCCCCAUCCCAGCUCCUCUCCUGCCUGGCCGACCUGCUGCUGGAAAAGAUGGGAGGCUCCUCUGGAGUGCUCUACGGGCUCUUCCUGACGGCGGCCGCCCGGACCCUGCACGGCCGGAGCGAUCCUGCGGCGUGGGCCGAUGCCGUGGAUUCCGGGAUUGAAGCCAUGCAAAGGUAUGGAGGGGCCGCACCAGGAGACCGGACGAUGCUGGAUUCGCUGUGUGCAGCCGCAAAGGCUCUGCAUUCCCUGCGCGUUCCCGGGGCCGACCCGCUCCGGGUGCUGGAGGCCGCCGUGCAGAGCGCCGAGGUGGCGGCGGAGGCCACCAAGCACAUGGAGGCCGGGGCGGGAAGAGCCAGUUACAUCCGCUCAUCCCGGCUGGAGCAUCCCGAUCCCGGGGCCGUGGCCGUGGCUGCCGUGCUGGGGGCCGUGCUGGGGGGGCUGCGGGACCCCCUGGCUACCCCCAAGUAG